AUGAGAUUUCAUUUGGUGAUGAAAGUGACAAAAUACAAAUUGAAAGUCGCGAAUUGUUGUGUGUUGGCAAUUCGUCUAAAAGGUAAUGUGAAAAUUCAAAUCACAACAAAAGGCAAAUGCGACAAAUACACAAUUCGCACAGAACCAAAAAUAGUGACUUUAAAGAGCGGAUUUGCUUGCGAAUUUGAAGUCUUUAUAACACCAUAUUGCACAAUGGAUUUGAGUGACAAAAUCAUGAUCGUAUCACUUGAUUUACACAGUGGUAAACAAAACACGACUUUAAUGAACAUCAAAGCACUGGUGGAACAAUCAACACGUUUUGAUUACGACGAAAUCAAAACAGAAAAGAAACUUGGUGAAGGCUCUUUUGGAAUUGUCUACAAAGUAACUUACAGAGGAAACGUUGUUGCAAUCAAGAAGAUGAAACAAGUUGACAACUCAAAUGAUGAAAAUGCAGUGUUUGAAUUUACAAAAGAAGUUGAAAUGUUGGACAAGUUUCGCAGUGAGUAUAUAGUCCACUUCUAUGGAGCCGUGUUCAUUCCAAAUAAAGUGUGUAUGGUCACCGAGUUUGCACAUUAUGGGAGUUGUCAGGACUUGAUAAAUCACAACAGAUCUGAUGAGGUUAAAAUGAAAAUGCGAGUCAAAAUGAUGUUGGACGCAUUAAGAGGAAUAUCAUAUCUACAUGAAAAUGGGAUAUUACACAGAGACAUCAAGCCAGACUACAUUCUCGUCUUUUCACUUGAUUUGAAUGAUAAAGUUAAUGCUAAAUUGACUGAUUUUGGAAGUAGUAGAAAUGUUUAUAUGUUGAUGACUAAUAAGACUUUCACAAAGGGUAUUGGUACACCAAAGUACAUGGCGCCUGAAGUGCUGAAAAAGGAGAAAUACACUAAAAGUGCCGACAUUUAUUCAUUUGGUGUAACUAUGUAUGAAGUGUUUGGGUAA